UGUCGUCACGAAGACUACGCAGCCUUUCCACAUAGCACUGGCAGCGGUCAUGCUCCUCACGUGGCUGAGUAAACCCAGUCCAAACGCUAGUAUACGGCUCUGGAGAGCUUUAUACGUAGGAGCAGUGGCCACGCAUCUCGGUGCACAGAUCUGGAUGACUCUUGUCUCUGGAAUCGUGCUGUACUUCACUCUCCCACGGCAUGACUUCGGACGUGUGCAGACUGUGCUGUUCCCUCUGUACUACGCGUUCAAUGCCGCGAUGAGCCUAAUAGGAUUGUUCGCAUACACCAGGACGCAGUACUUGUCUAAUUUUGAACACAUCAGCUGGGUACAGGUAGCACUGUUGCUAGCGAUGUUCAGUAUAGAAGCAUUCAUUCGACUGCGCCUCGUGAGGCCAAUGAUUCGCGCCAAACACAUCAAAACACAGAUGGAGGAAGCUGCCGGAGGUGGACAAGAAAUUGGUCAACUGAUUCUUGGUGAAUUGGCGCACUGUCCACGCUACAUGCGUAUUUUGAGAGUGUUCCGAAUGUACCACUCCAGCAUCGCUAUGGGUACCAUGAUUACCCUUGGUUGCUCAUUAUAUUCAACCAUGAUCCUCGUCGAUUCUAUAUGUACCUAAUAGACCAAUGUUACGACCUAAUUGUCUAUUACCAAGUUCAUUUUAAACUUUGUACGGUCUAUAUAUAGAAGUUUAAAGAUACAUCUACUGAGAUAUGAAUACAUUUGUCUUGAUGUUUAAUGCUACUUGAAACGAGUGGAUGAUUUUAACGAGUGGGAUUUUUAGUCGAGAAUUCGAUUUAGUGAAGUUCCAUUUAUGAAUUUAUUAGAAAAAAAUAUUGUUUUCUUUUUUUGUAUUUUUUGAACCAAGGACUUCAAUCUGUAUACUAUGUUAGACAUAGUAUUAAUUGUGCUUAUUAUAAUUCAAUUUCACACUCUAAAAUAGCUCGCAAAAUAGACAAAACUUAUAUUCUCUUGGAGAGAUACAUGGAACUCUAUUUAUAGUAUAUAUUGUAGACAGAUGU